GGGGCGGACUGACCAUUUGGAAACUCGGGCACUGCCCGAGGGCCCGGGGUCAGUAGGGGGCCCCAUGAGAUGCCCCUGGUACCUUUUUCAUAGGCUUUUUUGAGUGCUUUUUUCAGUGUGGGCAAGGACACAGGGGCCCCAUGAUCCCCUAUUGCCCGGGGGCCCCAUGAGUUACCAGUCCGCCCCUGAACUGGAUAUAACAUUUCUAGGUAAAGCUGAUCCAGGGAAUAUCCGAUUGCCUCUCGGGGGAUCAGGAAGGAAUUGUUUCCCUGCAGGAGCAAAUUGGAUCGUGCUUUGCUGGUUUUUUUUUUUGCCU